CAACAGUGAUACCGUUCAUAAAAUUGUUUGAAAUGAGAGAUAUGAAAUCAAAUGAUUUUGUAGAAGUAAAAGAAUAUUAUUAAUCUGUGAUAAAGAAUUAUCAGUGUAACAAAUCAAAGAUAAUUAUAGUGAAUCACAUAAUAAUUAAAAAUAUAUAAAGAACAUUCAGAGCAAACAUGCAGUUAUUCAUUAGGGGUGAAAACACAACUGUUGUUGAGUCACAUGAAAAUGAGACUAUAGCAGAAUUGAAGAAUAAAAUUCUACAGUUGGAAGGUGUUUCAGAUGUAGAAUUUAAUCUAUAUUGUUCUGGACUUCUUUUGACAAAUGAAACUUUAGUUGGGGAACUUGCAUCGAAAAAUUUAGAAUUGACAGUCCCUCUCCCUGGUGGUAAAGUCCAUGGAUCUUUAGCACGUGCUGGAAAAGUAAAAGCCCAAACCCCAAAGGUUGAGAAACAAGAAAAGAGUAAAAAGAAAACUGGCAGGGCUAAGAGGCGAAUUCAGUACAAUCGACGAUUUGUCAAUGUUGUUCAAACUUACGGCCGACGACGUGGACCAAAUGCUAACCCUAAUUCAUAAUUGUAUGUAAAUAAUACAUGUUUUAUCAUCAUGAAAAUAAAAUGAAAAACUAAAUAUGA